UGUCACGAAGGAGAGGAUUCGACUGGCAUAACACGCAGUAUAACCGUAACCUGUAUUGUGGAAUCUAAAGCUAAGGAAGGAAAAAGGUGUUGCGAGGAGCGGGCAAGGCGCGGGGUUCUAGGUAUGGUGCGGACCACGUGAUAGGUACGCACAGACCACACUCCAGCACUACGUCAUUGACACCACGGCACCCGCCGUGACACUCCUCCUAACACUCCACAUACUUGAAAAUGGACGGCACACGGCCUUCCGGUCAUGGACUCACAAGUUUUGAUGAUGUCAUAACCAAAGUUGAGAACCUGCUGGGGAGACUCAAGCAGGCAAGGGCGGCGUUGAAACCUGGAGGCCGAGUCCAGCGUUCCGGUCACGAGACAUCGGCUGCCGCAAGAACCCUGACCGAUGUCGACGACCAAUAUUCUGAUCCUAUGUCCAAUGCCCUGAAGAGCAUUAUCAGCGAAGCAACUCGUCUUCUUGAGGUCCAUAAUUCAGCCACUUUCCGAUCAUCGCCAGAAAAUCAUGGGGACCGGCCUGCCACGUCUGACGACGACGUUCCGACGUUGAACCAACAGCCAGUCGAGGAUCCUCAAGUCCCCGUGGAAGAGCGCAGCCAGGCAGUGACAGUUUUGCUGCGUUCCAAAGAUGCCAACAAGGGUAAUCGCCUAACAGACAAGCCUAGCACCGAUUCACCAGCCAAUCUGCACCAUUCCAGCGCUAGGGUCGAACACGACUUUGAAGAGAACGUUUUAGUUUUGCGGCCCUCAGUGUAUCAGUGGCAGGACUUUCCUGCUGUUCUCGCCUCGGCUCGAGCUCUUGACGCAGAAAAGAUUGGUGCUUUCAAGGUCGUCGUUUCGCCAGAACUGCAACUGUCUCUCCCACCCAGAGAUGAGACAACAUCCAGACCCAGGCCUUGCAGAGGGUACCGUGUCCAAGCCUUUCCAAACAAGACUUAUCAGAUCGAGAUGCCGGAAACGCGCCAGGUCUUUCGCCGAACUUUUCCCUGUUCGUUACCGACUCUAGAGGCGGUUCAAGAGCAUGAAGCGCUGCUCAACAGCGAGAAUGGCCUAGAUGGCGUCUAUUAUCGGACGGAUGUUCCGGCGGAGACCUCUCCACAGCGCACUGCGGCAGGCCUCACGGAGGAGAGCAUAAUUUGGCCACUAAAGGGCAACAUGCUGUCGCGGACGAAGUGCUCAAUUCCUGGACUCCACUGGCCGUACGCAUACGAAUCUGGACCCAAGUUUGGUGCAUCAUUUUCCGAGCACGAGGAGCAUUAUGGCUUGUAUUCAAUAAGCCACUUGCACGUAGGGAGGAAGCUGUGGAAAGUCAUUCCCCCGUCGGCGGCAGUCGCCUUUAUCCAGAAGCUGAAGGAAUCAAACACCGAGAUAAUCUGGAGCUGUGAGCAGUGCGUCCGACACACAGCGGUAUUUGUGCCUCCGUCGACAUUGACCGACUGGGGCAUCCCAUACACCAUAAUCGACCAGAGAGCUUCUGAGGUCGUUGUCACCAUGCCGCGGGCCUAUCAUUCUGGAUUCAGCACGGGAUAUACGCUCGCGGAAGCAGUAAACUAUGCCGAUGCUGACUGGACACCAAAUGGUCAUGUUGCCUGUCUUCCUUCCUGUCCUGACAACCCGAUUCCGAUUGAAUUCCUGGAGCUUCUUGGCCCUGAAGAGGCCCAGCGACGGGUGGAAGAUCUGGGGAGGGAGGAAGAGGCGAGGGAGCAGCAGGCGAGGAAAGAGACGAAGAAACAAGAGGCGAAGAAGAGAUCUAGAAAGCGUCAACCUGUCGAUGCUGCGAGACCGUCCGGUAACGGAGACGAGACCGAAGAGAGCGAUGCGGACGAAGAGAGGGAUGCAGACAAAGAGAGUGAUGCGAACGAAGGGAGCAACACGUCUCAAAGUGGGGGGUUCGAGCCUGCGAUACCGAAUGUCGACAUCCAGGACACGGGUGCAGCAUCUAUGCCAAUCUUUUCCGAAGAACCAGCGGAACAAAUCACUCAGAUGAUCGAUUACAUCCUCGCUCAACGGUUUCCUCCAAAGUGGCUCGGUUGCACAGAGCAUGAUGAGUCGUUCCGGACGAGGCUCAAACGGUUCCUUCCCGGCGGCUGGCUGGACGGCGUUUUGAUGUCGGAAGUAUUGCAGAUCCUCUACAGAGGCUCGGGCAUCUCCGUACAAGAUCCGACCAAUAUGGAGACCGCAUUUACGAGACUCGACCAGGACCUGUUACAAGCCUUUGAUGCUUUGGUGCUGCUAGUGUACGCUGAUAGCUGCGAACAAUUGCAGAAUCCUGAGACGUAAUACAACUGGGCUCUUCUGGUGCUUGAUUUGAAGAGGAGCGAGCUAACCUUAAUUGGUAUGGACCAAGAACAUGCCAAGCGUUGGAAUAUCGUCAUGUCCCCAACCAAGCCACCUGUCAGCUCUGUGACAAGACCAAACGGGUCC